GCAAAGAAACGGGUCCGACGUCGCGACUCCGACUGAGUCUGACUGGGUACUACUGACUGAGGCUGCCGAAGUCCGGCUCAGUCCGGUUCUUCGAAAAGUCACCAUGGAUUUUGUUCAGAGGAAAAGGCCGAACCCUGGACCGAAUGCCAUUGGGGCCGCCGCGCGGGUUUCCAAGGGUCCGUGAAACUCGGAAUGUUGAACAGUGAGUUGAGCAGUGCAAAAUCUCACUGCACCUCGGAACCGAGCAAGGCUCCGAGUUCCCAGAACAGGGCACCACAUACUCUGUAUGACUUGAGACACACUAGUCUCCUCCUAGCUUCAGAACUCCACGUACCAUGCCAGUGGUCAGGGAAAAUCUAAUUGAUUAGUGCAGUACUUAAAAGCCCAAAGUUGAAAGCACUAUCGAUAAGUUCCAUCCAUUGCACCCCACUUCUCCCAAUUGGUAAUCCGUCAUGCUUCAGCUAUUUGACCUGCCCAUUUCUCACCACACGCAGCUCGUCCUUGGUGCUACGGCUUGUAUUGGGACAGCCGGAGUGAUUAUUUGGGCUUACCUUCUUAGAUCAGAGAGCGGCCUCUCUCUUCCACCUUCUCCUCCCACUUGGAGUCUUAGGGGGCACUUCCUACCCCUUCGCAACUCAUUUAUCACUGUAGCGGGAUGGAUUGACGAGUACGGUCCCUUGGUGACCAUUCGUUCAGGAACUGAGACCAUUGUUAUCAUCGGCCGUCACAAAGCCGUGGUGGAUAUCAUGGAGAAGCAGGGCGGAUUGUUAGCUGACCGUCCUCGCAUGAUUGCUGCUGGUGAAAUCCUUAGUGGCGGACAGUCAAUUGGAUUUAUGCAUGCUGGGCACAAGUUUCGUCGGAUGCGUAGGGCACUUCAUUCGCAUCUCCAGCCUAAAGCGGCUGAGGCUUAUCAGUCUCUGCAGAUGGCCCACGCGAAAAACACGGUCCUGUGCAUUCUCGAUGAUCCGUACAACUUCCAGGACCAUGCGACAACUUAUGCCGCGGCGACGAUUAUGAAAGUUACAUAUGGGAAAACCACGCCCACGUCUGCAACUGAUCCCGAAGUCAAAGAAAUUCACCAGAUUUUUGAAACCCUUCGUACAGUCCUGCACCCUGGUGCUUACCUGGUGGACUCGAUACCGUGGCUGAAAUACCUUCCUUGGUACGGCCAAGAAUUAAAACGGGAGUUUGAGAGGACCAGGAAACUCUACACCAAGCAACUGAACCAUGUUAAACAGCAAUUACAGAGCAAUGUGGACGUCGGCCCUUCGUUCAUGAAAUAUAUGCUAGAAAAUGAGCAUUCCUACGGGUUGACAGAGACCGAGAUGGCGUUUCUUGGUGGCACCUUGUUUGGAGCUGGAUCCGAUUCGAUUGCUGUGGCAAUAUGCACGGUCCUAAUGGCGGCCGCGUGCUUCCCCGAGGAACAAGCAAAAGUACAGGCCGAGCUCGAUGCGGUCAUCGGAAGGCACCGAGCGCCGACCUUCGCCGACCAACCAAGCCUUCCUCGUCUGGAGGCCUUUAUUUCCGAAACUUUGAGAUGGAGACCAUUGGCUCCUAAUGGAUUUCCUCACCGAACGACUCAAGACGUGAUUUGGGAAAACUAUCGCAUUCCCGCCGGGACUUCGGUACUCGGAAACCACUGGGCUAUCUCUCGAGAUCCAGAUGUCUACCCUGACCCCGAUGUGUUCAGACCUCAGCGCUGGCUUGACGAUCAAGAUCGCAUGAGAGACGAUCUUAAAUUCUUCGUCUACGGGUUUGGUCGGCGUAUAUGUCCCGGUCUGCACGUUGCGAACAGAUCAGUCUUCAUAAACUCGCUCCUUAUUCUUUGGGCCUUCCAACUCACUUUGGAUCCUACGAAGCCGCUGGAUGAUAUGGGGUUCAUGACAGGAGUGAUGCCGAAUGAACGGCCGUGCGCUAUUGAAUUUAAGACGAGGAUUCCGGAAGUAGGACUCAGGCGUACAAUGCAGAGUUAUCCGGAGGUCGCGUGA